ACUGUAUUUUUUCAUACUAGAUCAUUGUGAAAUGGAUAAUCGUAGCGAAUGAACUUAAUCAAGAUUGCAAUAAAUUUGAAUAAAAAAAUAUUUUUGAAUAUUUAUCAAUUGAUGACAAUAUCAAAGUGUUAAAAAAAUUAAAAUAUUUUACCAAUAUUUUUCGAUUGUUGUGAUAAUAAAUGGCACCGAGUGUUGCAAUAAUGGCACAAGAACAUAUGAGCGAACCCGUGUCACGGACUUAUCAAUACCGAAAAGUUAUGAAACCGAUGCUCGAGCGGAAGCGACGUGCAAGAAUCAAUAGAUGUCUCGACGAAUUAAAAGAACUAAUGACCGGCGCCUUACAAAACAAUGACAGUGAAAAUGUCACAAAGUUGGAAAAGGCUGACAUCCUCGAACUGACUGUUCGUUAUUUGCAUGGAUUAAAGCGCAAAGACCGUCUUUACGGGAACGGAAACUCACCGUAUGCCGAUCGUUUCAAAGCCGGCUUCAAACAUUGUGCAAUCGAGGUGUCGCAGUUUUUGAAUAAAAUCGAUCAAAAUGCAAAUGCACAUUUAAUGCGCCACUUGAGCGAAUGCAUACAAAAAGUGGACAUCGUAACGCCACCUCCGCCAGUUGCAACAUCACACCUCAACAGGAUCGCGAGUCCAAUCAUCAAUGAAUCUCAUAAAAUCCCACAAUUUUACACAAAGGAUUAUCCAGUUAACAUGAACAACAAUAAUCCAAACAAUAUUAAUAAUAAUAAUAAUGUGUUAAAAAGUGAUACUCCACCAAUUAACGCCAAUAAUAAUCAUUAUUUGCAACAACAACAAUCCAAUCACAUGCUGAUCACUCCGGAACGGGUAAUGUACAGUAGCCGUAAUAACAAUAUUUUGGAUAGUCGGCCAGUAGUAGUAAUAAAUAAUGGUAAUAAAUCACCUAAAGAGGAACCACAGAGUGGAGAUGUAUGGCGUCCAUGGUGAUUUAUGUUCUAAAAUCAUUAAAAUAUUCUAAAAAAAAAACACUUUUGUGUGAUGAAAAAACUAAAAUUAAUAUUUCUCUACGAAAAAAAAAUAUAUAUUUAGUACAUCUAUUAAUUGUUAUUUAAAUAUUAAUUUUAAUUUUGACUAUCAGUGUAAAUGUAAAAUUUCAAAAUCAAACUGUCUUCCAGUGAAAAAUUAUCUUUUAAACAUAUUUUCCUUAUUGAAUAGGAGGUUUCAAUACAAAACGAAACAUAGUCUUGUGAUACGCGUACGGUAGUGAAACGAAGCAAAUAAUAUUAAUUAUGCUAAAAAUACAAAGACUUAUUUUUUAUAUUAAGAUUUUGUAUGAAAAUUUCCCAAAAUGUCAAUUAAACCAAAAAUAGAUAAAUAAGUGGCAUUAGAAAGAAAUAACAAAUAGUUUCUUGAGCUUCCCGAAAAUUACUCUUCUGUACUAUUUUAUUGUAUUUUAGUUAAUAUUCUACUUUUUAAUAAUUUUGCAAUAUAAUUUUUCUUAUUUUAAGGAUUCUUGUGAUUU